AGUUUGCGCCUGUCUCUCUCUCUCCUUUUUCUCUCUCUCCUUUGCAGAUAUUCAGUGCGCAUUUCGUCUUCCUCUCUGGAUCCUGUUUUUGGAGCCCUGUUCAGCUCCACAGUGGAUGAGAGAACCGUGGGAAUUUUUUCAGACUUGGAGAAAAAAAAACCGACUUAUUUGCAGCUGUUAUUGCUCAUCAGGCGUGAAGGAGCAGCAGAGCCGUUUCGUUCAGACCAUGAGCAGUCCACUUGAGAGGGCUGUAGCCCAGAAAAAGGAGGCCAUCGAGGCGGUGAUGGACAUGUUUGAGAAGGGGUCCGAGGUGUUGGCCAGCGCUGUGGGCGAGCUCUUCCCGCUCUGUGAGGCCGCCGCUCCCGUCCUCCGCCUGGCCUUAGACAAUGUCCUCAGCAAAGAGGUCUUCUACGUCAAGGAGCAGUUCCUGGCGGUGAGGAACAAGCUUGACGUGCUCUCCACACAACUGGAAGACAUCGACUGCGAGAUCAAGAAGGGGAGACUGGAUUCCCAGUACUUCUCUGUGGAGGAGAACAUUAGGAACCAGUUUCGGAAGUAUAUGGACAUCUUGGAGGCAAAACCGCAGUUCAGGGAGGUGAAGACCAGACUGUUUGUGGAGCACUUUGCCAAAACCGGAGGAGAGAAGAACCUGUUUGUGCUGUAUGAUGCUCUGAUGGGGACAAACAGCUUUGGAGAGUCCGUUUUAGAGUUAGUGGAAAGGUAUGUAGCGAGGAACCGUCGUCUCCUGGAAGAUUUCUGUGUCCGGAUGAAGGAGCUCUUCUGUCUGGGCCUGAUUGCUCUGCUGGGCCACUGUGCCUUAACCCAGCGCCAAGAUGAAGAAGAUGACAAAAUCCAAGAGUGGAGCAGCAAAAUUGAAGAAGUAGAGUCCAGGAUGAAGACCACCAUCGAGUCGUGCAUCGCUGCUUUCCCAGAGCAAGCAAAACUAGAUGCCAAACACCUCCUGCAAGAAAAGGAAGGCGAUAAUCUGCAAGAUACAACUCAGCAGCUUCUGGAGUUCUUGGUGAAGAAGUAUGAUUGGGUUAGCUGGUCGGUGCGGCUCAUCAACCACUCAGGAAGCACCUACCGGAACUGGAGAGCAGGGGAGCAUUUCCACCACGUGGCGGGGAAGAACUGGUUCGAGGUGCUGCAGGUGAACAACAUCAACCUGGUGGUGUCGUACAGCACCAAACCACAGCCGGUGCCUCAGGGCUGCAUCCAGCAGGCGAUGGAGGGCCAGGGGAAGAAGGGGAACGCCCCGGCCGUGGUGGAGGUGUUGGAGAAGCAGCUGUGUGGGUUUGUUGUUCACGCCGUCAGUCGCCACAAGGAGUCUGCAGCUGCGUGGAGCUUUCCGGAAGACUGUCACUACUGGGAGAGACACAAGAAUGUGGCAGUGUGUGUGCACUCAGAGUGAAGCAGACAGGUGUAAAGAUGUAUGGUUAUACAGAUGAUUAUUAUGGCAAAACAUAUAUAGGUAGAUAUGUUUGGGGGGAAAAGCAAUUAUGUUGCCAAUUAAAUUACACUUAUUUGUGUGUAUAGCAGGGAGACAAACUUAAAAAUGAUUUAAGAUUUGAGUAUUUACAUACACAACAUUCUGUAUUAUAAGUGUAUUGUUAACAGAAUAUCAAUAUUUAAUUUUUGAAAUAUCACAGUUAUCGAUACAUAUACAGUAUAUUGCAUUAAGACACCCCUACUUGAUACAGUCAUGAAUAAAAUUGUAUUGACCAGGUGUACACAUACAUACCUUUCUCUUUGGAACUUUUAUAGAUGUCAAUAAUUUCACCUUUAUUCAGUUGUAUCUGACUGUUGACUGAAUUCUGAGCACCACAUAUCCUUAUGUUUCCAAACACUCAUAAGAAUGAUUCCCAUCAGAUCAAUGCAGUGUGUUGAUUUUAAAUUGGGUAAAACAUGCACUGGUUCCCUAUCAGAAACGAUUUCAUUUAAUCACAAAAGCAAUUUCAUUAGCUUUUUGGGUUGCGUCAACUCUUUAUACAGUAGAUAUUUAAAAUAAAGACAUUUGAUGUUAAUUUAUUUUAUAUUGUAGCUGUUUGAAUAUGAACUGCUUGCAUGUUUGAGCUGUGUUGCUUUGUAUCAAUCUGUAAAUUAUUAGUCACUAACCACUUAAAUAAUAAUGGAGAGUGUCUAUGCUUUUACCUCAGCUGCAUACGGUAAUAAUCCAGUCUCCCAUGAGAAAUGGCUCCUGCACCUACAGCUUUAAAGGGAUGGUUUUGCUGAGGCUGCAUCUACAGAGCUGUGCUCCCAUUUUGUCUCUGCUGAGCAAGCUGGCCUACAUAACUCUGAAAGAGGGGGGGGUUGGGGGGGGCAGAGGUUACUUUUUCAGGCGUGAAAAACAAGAGGCUUGGAGUUUGGCACCGGAGAAUCCACAAUGUGCCUUGUGUUUUAAACACAUUCAAACCCCUCCAACCAAAACAACCAGAACUCACUGGUUACCAAUGCUGUGCCUCAGGUUGUGCAAGGGAUAAGAAGUGAUUUCCUCUGCAAGAUUCUCCAUUUGUGCUUUUCAUUUUUGUAACAUUUGGUGUUAAAUUAUAAAUGAUUUGUUGUUUUCAAUCCUCUGCCAAAUGUGGAUGUUUUUUAUGAUUUAUUUUGUACUAACAACUCACAUCUUUUGAUUAUUUCAUCAAACCACUGUGACUUUUGUCAGUGACUUAAUUGUGCACCAAAGGAUUUUCUCAGAAAAGAGAAAUCUAUCACAACAAAGUAUUUAUUAAUAUAAAAAUGUCAUGUAUUAUUACUUACUACCACAUCAGCUUCAUUAUUCAAACGAUAUGUCAAUAAAAUCAGCGCAUGAUCAAUGUUUACCAUAAUCUUUCUCUGCCAUAUGUCCAGUAAUGACCAAACGCAUAAUAAAUGAAUGUGUA